AGGCAGUCGACCGUCGGCCACAGCGAGAGUCUCCACAGCGCCUGGAGGUUUAUCUGAACGGAAUAGGAGCCGAGCCGAAACCCCGGAGUAAUAAAUAACUGAGCCUUCCUGUUCCGCAUCGUGACGUCAAACCUCACCUGCUUUACCGGCUCAGCUGAAGGCAGAACAAGAUCUGCAUUAGACUGAAAAUAGUCAGAGAAGAAGACGACCGGCCCUGACUCAAACUGGUCCUCAAUGGACCAGUGAAAUCUUUCCCACCCUGCCAGUUAAAAGCGAUGUUUUUGGGAGCUGGAGGCCGUAGCAGCGUCAGCAGAGUGUGUGUGGGGCCCCUCCUCUUCCUGUUUCCCAGCACCCCUCCUGACAUGGGAUGCCAGCCUCCUGCCUCCCUGCCCUGAGCUCUCCUGGGGUGCCAUGAACAGCUACAGAGACAGAGGGGUCACCUGCACCUCCUCAGACCUCCUGGAUGGAGGAGGAGGAGGGUUGCAACAGCACACCCAGUUUCGUCACACCCCCAAUGGCCACCCAGCUCUUGGCCUCACAGACCCGGCCAUGCUACCACGCGUUUCUGUGCCCAAAAUGGGUGUCAGGGCGCGGAUUGCAGAAUGGCCCCCACGCCGUGCACAUUCCAGGGAGUCACUUCUUGAAAAUGGGCAAAUGGGCGGGUUUCACCACGGAUAUGACUACACUUCAAUGUCAUCUGACAUCGGUCUGGUGCGAGGAGGAGUCACCAGGUUGCCACGACGACGGUCCAAGGAUGUAGAGUUCAGAGGAGGAGGGUUCAGCGUCGAAAGAAAUUCCCAUUUUAGCCUGAGAGUGUUUCCUCCACUAAGACAGCGCUCAAACAGCGAGGUGACGCUGAGCGAACAGGACGAAAAUGAGGUGGAGAUUCGUGGAGGCUGCGGGAUGGGUAGCCUUUUCAGAGAGUAUGGCAGCACCUCCUCCAUCGACAUCCAGGGCAUUCCUGAGCAGAGCUUCUUCGACAUGCUCAGCCAGUUCCACCAGGAGAGGCCUGACCAGCGCAGCUCAGCACCCGUACGCCUCGGGGAGCUGCUCUGCGCUCCAGACUCACCACCGAGCGCACCCCUCCCCUCCGCCCCCUCGCCCGGUCCUUCAGGUGGGGACGACAGAGGAACGGGAAGGAAGGACGGAGCGGAGAGGGUCAGGAAGAAGAGCGGAGGAACGGAGUCGUCACUGGGCACCUCCUCUUUGUUCAGGAAACUCAGGAGCUCUAGUCGCGCCGAUCUGGAUGGAGGGAAAGGAGAGAAUAGUGAUGACGGGGGAGGCCGGGGUUCAGCGGACGCCUCCUACAAACCGUGGGUGUGCCCCAAGAGCUUCGUCCACUUCGAUGCUCAGAGUAUCCUGUUUGACCUCCACGAGGCGGCGGCUCAGCGGGGCUACGCCGCCCAGAGGAGGAACACCGCCACGGGGGCAUCAGCUGCGUCAGUGUCCCUGUCCGUCUCUAAAUCCUCGGCUCCGAGCGCGAACGACCCUGUUUACUCCAGCAUAGAGGACCUGACCCUGAACCUUGACCCUGGCUCCAUGACGCCCUCGCUGGGCAUGGACCCACUGGACGGGCCUCCUGGAGCCCAUAGCUCGAGCCAACUGCUCCUCUGCUGCCCCCACUUCCUCAAUGAGACCGGAGGACACGGGGAGCGCAACAUCAGCUUCCUCAGCUCGUCAGCAGAGCGGGACGGAGGAGGAGACGGGACGAGGGGUUGGCUGAGGAGGAGCAACGCCAGCGUCUCAGUGCUGGAGGUGCCUAUUGAACAGCAGGUUACCAGACUGGACAGACUGAAACUGUACGGCAUCGAGCACGUAGACCUGGGGGCUCGGUACUACAGAGACUACUACCAUGGGAAAGAGCACUCAAACUACUUCGGGUCAGACGAAAAGAUGGGUGCUGUGGCCUUGAGCAUCCGCAGGGAGAAGCUGGAGGACACCAAAGACCUGAAAGACCAGUACCAGUACCGCCUCAUCGUCAGGACAAACGAGCUUGUGACCCUGCGGGGCUCCAUCUUAGAGGACGCGGUGGCGUCUACGGGGAGGCACGGCACUGUGCGGGGUCUGUCGCUCAAGGAGGUCCUGGAGCAGGUCGUCCCUGAGCUCAACAUCUCCUGUCUGAGACUGGCGCUCAGCACACCCAAAGUCACCGAACAGCUCCUCAAACUGGACGAACAGGGGUUGAGUCAGAAGCACAAGGUGGGUGUUCUGCUGUGCCGUGCGGGCCAGAGCACAGAGGAGGAGAUGUACAACAACGAGGAGGCGUCGCCCGCCUUCUCUGCCUUCCUGGAGCUGCUGGGGGAGCAGGUCCUUCUCAAAGGGUUCACCAAAUACGCUGCACAGCUCGACACGAAGACGGACUCUACGGGCACCCACUCCCUGUACACCACCUACCAGGGCUACGAGGUCAUGUUCCACGUGUCCACCAUGCUGCCCUACAUGCCCAACAACCCACAGCAGCUCCUGAGAAAGAGACACAUAGGGAACGACAUUGUCACCAUAAUCUUUCAAGAGCCGGGAGCGCUGCCUUUCACCCCCCAGAACAUUCGCUCACACUUCCAGCACGUCUUUGUUAUUAUCCGUGUGCACAACCCCUGCUCUGAAGGCACCUGUUACAGUGUUGCUGUGACAAGAAUGAAGGACGUGCCUCCUUUCGGCCCACCCAUCCCCAGCGGCGUCACCUUCCGUGACCCAGAAACCUUCCGUAACUUCCUUCUAGCCAAAGUUAUCAAUGCAGAAACCGCAGCGCACAAGUCCGAGAAGUUCCACACAAUGGCGACGCGAACGCGGCAGGAGUACCUGAGGGACCUGGCUGAGAAUUACGUCAGCAGCACGCCGCUCGACUCAGCAGGCAAGCUUAACAACCUCAUCUCCCUCGCGUCUAAAAAACGUGAACGCUCCAAGGCGAGAGAGGGAGCAGAGCUGGGAGCUGCGGGGGCCGUGGCCUGGAGGGUCCAGGCCCAGGACUUCAGUGGAGGUGGGACGGAGCUCCCAUGUGCCUUGGGUUUGUCGGCUGAAUACGUCCUCCUGACGGAUUGCUCCACCAAAGAGGUGGUGUUUAACUGUUUCUGUGCGGACGUGAUCGGCUGGACACCGGAGCGCCUGACUCUGAAGAUCUUCUACGGCAGAGGAGACCACAUCGCCGUGCGGGUACCAGAAGGCUGUGCACAGGACAUCAGGGAGAUGGUGCAGAGGUUAAAGUCAUUGACAGUGGGAUGUGAGACGGUGGAUAUGACACUGAGAAGAAACGGACUGGGACAACUGGGUUUCCAUGUUCGUCUGGACGGCACCGUGGCUGAGGUGGAGGAAUACGGCUUUGCCUGGCAGGCAGGACUGAGACAAGGCAGUCGGUUGGUGGAGAUCUGCAAGGUGGCCGCGGUGACGCUGACUCACGAGCAGAUGAUCGACCUGCUGAGGACGUCGGUCACGGUCAAAGUCAUCAUCAUUCCUCCGUACGAAGAGGGGGGGCCUCGCAGGGGCUGCACAGAGGAGUAUGAGAUGAAGACCAUGGAGCAGAAGCCAGAACCUGAGCCUCUGGCGGCAGGCUACCGACCCUCCCCUCGCCCGACAUGGCGAUGGGACAGCCCACCCAUCCCUCCAGGGCUCCACAGUGUCCCCAAUCAACAGCGCUGGGCCCCUAUGGGUCCCCCACCUCCUCCACUGCCCCGCUCACACAAGACCAUGAUGCCUGUUCCCUACAGGGAGCCUCAGCACCUCAACUCUAAGAGGCCAGUGAGCUACCCGGAGAACCACUACAGUCUGUCUCCUGCAGGAGGCGACAGAGUGCUGCCCUACAGAAACCCCUCUGCCAGCUUCUCCUCGCCCUCCUCAGGCCUGGUCGGCCUCUCCACAAUGGGGCCGCCUGGAAUCACACCAGGACCCUUCAUACGCUACAAACCCUCCCCCGACAGAUAUGGAGCAGGACAGCGCCCCCUGCUGCCUUAUGAGCCCCAUUUCAGUGUGGACAUCAACUCCAGUGGAGAGUCCUCCUCAGGCUUCACCAGUCAGGAAAGCACCAUGGAGCGCUGCAAAACAGAACCCCUCUGGCAUGUCCCAGCGUCGUCGUCUCGGGGACCUGGUGUCGGAGGAGGGCAGAGGAGAAUAACCAGACAGGAUGUCCCGGGGAAAGACUCUCCAAACAGGAACUCUAAGGGCGAGACUCAGUACUCCAGCCACUCCAGCAGUAACACCCUGUCCAGUAACGCCUCCAGCAGCCACAGCGACGAGCGCUGGUUCGACGGAGGAGCUGGAGGAGAGCGAGGAGGCGGGGGUUGCCUCGGCGACCCAGUGGACCCUGACCCGGACCUUCUCAACAAGGGGGGAUCUAACGACAGCGGCAUCGACGCCUCGACCCACUACAACAAUCGCCAGGGGAACCUGUCCAACAGCCAAUCCCACAAGCCCGUGCACUGCUUUGGGAACUACAGCGGCGCCCAGGAGCUGUCAGUGGGAAGGAGCAGCGGCAGCAGCGGAGAAACGAGGAGACGAGAGUCUUCGCCCAUCUUACCAGCCUCAGCUAAUCAGAACAAAGGGUACCGCACCAGGACAUUCCCACCUCCGGGCUCCAGCGCUGAAAAAAUGGACACUUUCAAGCCCAGGUCCUACACACCGCAGGGUUACAAGACUCCAACAGCUGAGAAAGCCCGGCCCGUUCGAGCCGCUACUACAACACCCUCUUCGGCUCAUUUAAGCUCCAUCCCUCUGUCCAGCUCCGCACCCAAGGCCUUUUAUGGGAAGAGCAGACAAGCCGCCUGGCAGAACGACGACAACAGUCGGUCACCUUCAAACGCAACCACGACAACCAGCUCUGACAGCAGCAAGAGCAAGAAGCAGGUGGAUACAAACUCAAAGAACGUGUUUGGGCAGCCCCGGCUCCGAGCCUCACUGAGGGAUCUGCGUUCUCCGAGACGGACUUACAAAAGCACCAUUGAAGACGACCUGAAGAAACUGAUCAUCAUGGACAACCCGGGAGAGACGCCACAAAGAGAUCCAUCUCCCAGACGAACUCUGCAGCGCACCUUCUCAGACGAGUCGCUGUGCAGCGGGCGCAGAGAAGCCAGCUUCGCCAACUCUGAGAACCCGACGACGCCCACCGACGUUCUGUUCACCUGCACGCUGCCCACGCGCAGACACGGCAUCUCCUCCAACCAAACGCAGAGCAAGAAGGUGCCUCUGUCCGUCUCAGAGCUGUCUCUCACUGAAGUUAAAGACAAAGUUCCUCCUCUGAGGAGGCUCGAUCCUGGGCUGAUGCCUCUCCCUGACACGGCCUGUGGACUGGAGUGGUCCAGCCUCGUCAACGCCGCUAAAGCCUACGAAGGUGAGGCUGGAGACACCUCAGGAUUAGCACAAAGAGCAGUUUCCCUCUUCUCACUGACUGAGCCAAAGACUGGAGGUCCAGACAGACCAGUGGUCAGUCCAGUCCAGUUCCAGACUCCUCAGACACCACGGACCACACCGACCAUCAGCGGUGACGAGGCGCCCAACGAUUUGUCUGGUCGGCUCUUUCACCUGGAAGUGAUGUUGAAACAGCUGAACAAUGAUCUGCAGAGAGAGAAGAAGGAUAAAGUCAUUCUGCUGGCAGAGAUGGCCAACCUGAGGGAGAAUAACCAGCGCUUGCAGGAGGAGAGCCUCACAGCCAGCGAGCAGCUGCGCAAGUUCAGCCGCAUUUUCACCAACGACGACAAGACGGAGAGUGAGCAAGAGGCUCACUCCUUAACGCACGACACCGACUCAUUUAGGGAGUGAAACCUGCAGAAGAAGAAGAGAUUCAGGCCACAGAGGAAGGGCGACGGGGAGAGUACCCAUGGUUCCUUGCACGCGCAGCGGUGGCAGAGGUCAUAAUGAUGUCACCUCACUCAGCUCCCAAUGGACUGCCUUAAACUGUAGAGAGAGCAAAAAAUAAGACAAUUGAUCUUUAAAAUGCAACACUCCCUGGAAGACUCACCCAGCCUGCACACAGAGCAGAGACCCUCCCUCUCUAAUCUCUGUUUAUUUUUAUAGACUGAAGUCAAAAGUGUUAUAUACUGUCAUAUAUAUAUAUAUAUAUAUAUA